AUGGCCAUGAGCAAAUACAAACCAUUUCUUUAUCAAUAUGCAGUAUGGGCAGUUUUUGGAUCUGCAGCUAUACAUUUGCUCUGGACAAAAAAUGAGUAUCGAGAAUACAAGGAAAGAACAAAUUUUAAAAUUUCAAAACUUGAGGAUUUGAUUGAAAAAUUGAAACGCGAUACAGUGAUAGAAGAACAAGGAUCUAGUACAACACAACAAAGUAUAACAUCAACUCAACCUCACGUGACGUCUACGCAUACCCAAAAGGAAGAAAAAUCCAAAGCCGCU